AUGAGGUCCUUUUUCGUUUUGACUGCUAUUGCAGUUACAAUUGGCAGUGUCGUUGCUCCAAACCCAGCGGCCUUUGGUAUGCUACCACGAACAUCCUCAUCAUUGAAGGUAUUCGAGGCACUACGUACAAUUCCCCAAGGAUGGACAAAAGCCGAUGCCCCCAACCCAUCUACUCGCCUAAAGCUACGAAUUGCCCUUCAAGAACCCAACCAUGAUCUUUUCGAAAAGACACUAUUCGCAGUCUCCGAUCCGAAGCAUCCAAAAUACGGCAAACAUCUCAAGCGUCACGAAGUGAAGGCACUCAUCAAGCCCAAAGCCGAGUCCACCGAAGCUGUCCUCACUUGGCUACGAGAUUCCGGUAUUGCUGCUACCGAUAUCGAGAAUGACGGGGAAUGGAUCAUCUUCUUCGCGACUGUUUCGACGGCCGAGAAAAUGCUGGAUACGAAGUUUGAGAACUUCAUUCAGGACGCGGAUAAACAGCAGACCAAGAAGAUUCGAACCCUUCAUUAUUCAGUCCCGAAAAAUGUUGCUCCACAUAUUGCAAUGAUCCAGCCAACUACUCGCUUCGGUCAGAUGAAAGCAGAUGCCAGCAGAGCAUUCAUUAUUGAAGACUUCGAAAUCACUCCUCAAGCACCAGCAGCAGCUGUCCCUAAGUUGGCAAUCGACCCCUCCUGCGAUACUGCAAUUACACCAGCUUGUCUCAGAGCACUCUACAAUGUAGGAGACUACAAAGCCGAUCCAUCAGCAGGUUCUCUCUUAGGAGUCUCGGGCUAUCUCGAUCAAUACGCCAAGUACGACGAGCUCGACCAAUUCUUCACUCUCUAUGCUCCCUACGCCAAGGGCCAAAACUUCACCUACACCCUCGUCAACGGCGGGAAAUCCGAUCAGAUCUCCUCCUUCGACGACGUGGAAGCGAACUUGGAUAUCCAAUACGCGGCGUCCCUCGGCUACGGACAAAACAUCACUUACUAUAGUACAGCAGGUCGGGGCCCUCUGGUUCCGGAUCUGGAUCAGCCGACGCUGGAUGAUAAUCAGAAUGAGCCGUAUCUGGAGUUUCUGACGUACAUGUUGGGACUUAGUGAUGAGGAACUUCCUCAGACUCUCACCACCUCUUAUGGUGAAGAUGAACAGAGUGUUCCAGAAUCGUAUUCGAAUACCGUAUGCAACAUGUUUGGACAGCUGGGCAUGAGAGGUGUUUCCGUCAUCUUCAGUAGUGGAGAUACCGGCGUAGGAAGCGCAUGCCAAACCAACGAUGGAAAGAACACCACGAGAUUCCUGCCCAUUUUCCCAGCUGCUUGUCCUUACCUCACUUCUGUAUACCCCCCCUUCCCCUCUCCCCUCACCUUCCCCAACCCUGAAAUCCUUUCUAAUAAAAACAUAUCUAGGUCGGAGGAACCUACCACGUCCCCGAGCGCGCAAUCUCCUUCUCCUCGGGCGGCUUCAGCGACCGUUACCCACGACCAGCCUACCAAGACGCCGCCGUAAAGAACUACCUCGAUAUCCUGGGCGACCAAUGGACUGGUCUGUAUAACCCCGCCGGCCGCGGUUUCCCUGACGUCGCGGCACAGGGGUAUAACUUUGCGGUCGUGGAGAAGACAUCUACUGGUGCAUUCCAAACCAUACCCGUUGGUGGGACUAGGUAUUUUCCCUCCCCUUCCUACACCACUUACCCCCCCUCUGCCCUCCCCCCUNAGGGGUAUAACUUUGCGGUCGUGGAGAAGACAUCUACUGGUGCAUUCCAAACCAUACCCGUUGGUGGGACUAGGUAUUUUCCCUCCCCUUCCUACACCACUUACCCCCCCUCUGCCCUCCCCCCUUUAACACACAACAAUCUAACACCCACAGCGCCUCCGCCCCCACAAUAGCAGGCAUAAUAAGCCUCCUCAACAACGCCCGUCUCUCUUCCUCCCUUCCCCCCCUGGGCUUCCUAAACCCCUGGAUCUACUCCUUGGGUAAAGACGGAUUCAAAGACAUCAUGACGGGUGGGUCGAGAGGCUGUACGGGACGGGAUAUCUAUUCGGGACUGCCUUCGCCGUUUGUGCCGUAUGCGAGUUGGAAUGCGACGGUGGGGUGGGAUCCGGUUACUGGGAUGGGUGAGUUUGUUUUUUUUUUUUAAAAAAAAGGGGGAAGGGGUUUGAGAGGGAGGGAGGGAAGAGAGGGAAUGAGAGGAAUGAAUAAAGCUAAUUCGAUUAUAGGAACUCCUGAUUUUGGCAAGUUGUUGGCGUCGAUUACUCCUAAUACUACGGGGAAUUAUACGUUGCCGUUAGCGCGUAUUGGAUAG